AUGGAUCUAUUAACAGUAUCAAAUCUACAACCAGUAAUGAUGCCGGUACCACAUUCUCUAUUAACAUUGACACCGCACAGUACCUGUAGCAUUCAAGCAGUUGUAUUUCUUGGCUGUCUUGUUGCAUGCCUGUUUGCAUAUUUGAAUGUAACAUUUGCUGCAUUACGAUCGUAUGUCACGGUAUUGGUCGCAAGAAAGGAGUACUUACGUGAAUAA